AGCUGAUGAUGUUCCAAUUGUAGCUCUACACAAAAUAUUUGAAGAUGAACAUACAAGGUCAGAUUUUUUAUGCGUUGUGGAUGAAGUGCUAAUCCUUAAUUCUGAAGUAAAGCCCAUUGGUUAUACAGAACUACAAAGAGAUAAAGAUUAUGUUAAAGUCCAUUUUAGAGCAAAGAAAACUAUAAAUACUUUGAUUAAGAAUGGAGGUGUUCCUGAUCAAACAAUAUUUUUAUCAACAUGGAUAUGUACAACACUUCCACUUCUUGCUCAAACAUUGUCUCAUUUUAUCGCAUUAGAGAAACGUAUCAAUAAUUUAGCAGGAGAUUAUAAAUGUCAACCAAGAUCCUUCAAACAAGCUAGAAAAGAUAAAUUUAUUAGAGACCUACCUGAUUCUCCUCAACUGAAAAAGCUAUUGAAAUGA